UUUUUUUUCUUUUAUUUUUGUUUACCUUUUAAUCAUCGGUUUAAAUUGUGAUCAACAAAUUACAAUUUCUAUGGAUAAAUUGUCCCUUUCCAUUUGAAUUUUACGUUUAAUUAAUUUAUUCGGGUGUGGAUGUUACCAUAUCUUCACUUUGUCUUAUAGUCUUUUAAGUUUAGAUUUUAAAAGAAUUUUUAAAAGCUCUAUAAUGUUUCAUCUUACCUGAGGAUUAAUUAUUGUUCGUUAUGGCGGCACAACAAGGAAAAAGAAAACGUUCCCAACCCGUUGAAACAAAUGGAUCUACCAGCUCAGGUUUUAGUAGCUCAUUUGGUUUACUUGAUUGUUUAGAGGAUCAAACAAAUGAGUUUAAAUGUCCAAUUUGUUUUGAGAUAAUUGAAGAUGCUCAAGUAACCGAAUGUGGUCAUACAUUUUGUGCAAAGUGUAUCUCUCAAUCAUUGGAGUCAAAGAAUCGAUGCCCUACCUGUAGUCAUGAAAUUGAUAAAGUUUUUCCUAAUUUUAUGCUCAAUGAUAUGAUCACAAAGAAAAAGAAAAAUAUUCUUACCAAAAAGUGUAGUUCCAAUCCAGAAUCUUCCAAAGCUUUAGCUGAAUGGCAACAAUUGGUCGCAAUUAAAGCAAAUAGUCUGAAUCAGAAUGAUAUUGAUCUCCUGUUGGUAGCAUUAAAAGAAAAGAAGAAAGAAUUUGAAAAAUCAUCCAAGGCCCUACAAACGGAACUACUUAGAGGUUUUCUCAAUCAAGCUCGAAAAUACAAACAAGAACAAAUCGCCAUCAUGGUUAACGACUUAAAAUAAUUGAACAAGAUGCUGCUAGAUUACAAAAGACAACAGUCUCAACCUUCAUCUGGUCAAAAUCUUAAUCAACAAUCAACACCAAGUGAACUCAAUAAAUCGCGAAUUAGAUGUUCAAUUGGUGAUGAAUUGAAAACCAUAGACAAACACAUUGAAAGUGGAUCAAUUAAUUCAACGUUAACUAAUAGAUGGAGAAAAGUUCGACAUCAUUUUGAAGAUUUACUCCAAUGUUACCUUAAUAGUCGUAAAAAUGUUUUCGGUACAUCAAAUUUAGAUGACGGAUCUAAAUCAGCUGAUGAGCUUGAAGAAUUUAGAGAAACACUAAAUAAGAUAACCUGUUGUAACAAUUUAAAAACAUUAUCAACCCUUUGUUAUACCAGUGAUCCAAUUAACGAGCCAAGUAUCGUGUCGAGUAUUGAAUUUGAUAAAGAUAAUGAAAUUUUCGCCACCGCUGGUGUAACCAAAAUAAUCACUUUUGAUUAUUCAACGGUAAUACAAGAUUCGUUGACAAUUAAUUAUCCAAUUGCUGUGAUGGAAUGUAAAUCAAAGAUUAGUUGUGUCUCUUGGUCAUCUUAUUAUAAAAGUUCAAUGGCAACGAGUGAUUAUGAAGGUGCUGUCACAAUUUGGGACGUUUUCACUAAGCAAAAGAUCAAUUGUUUCCAGGAGCACGAGAGACGCUGUUGGAGUGUCGAUUUUAAUAAAAUUGAUACUCAUUUAAUUACUUCUGGUUCCGAUGAUGGGACAGUUAAAUUGUGGUCAUUGAAUAUGGACUCAUCGGUGGCCACGUUAAAAGCAUCGGCCAACGUUUGUUGUGUCAAGUUUAAUCCUCGAUCUCGAUAUCAUGUUGCUUUCGCUUCAGCUGAUCAUUGUGCUUAUUAUUAUGAUCUUCGUAAUACUAAAACACCAGAGGCCGUUUUUAAAGAUCAUCGUAAAGCCGUUUCAUAUGUUCAAUUUUUAAACUGGGACGAAAUCAUAUCAGCAUCAACUGACAGUCAAUUGAAAAUGUGGAACACGAAUAGGAAUCAAUGUUUACGAACUUUCAAAGGACAUUUGAAUGAGAAAAAUUUCGUGGGUCUGGCCACCGAUGGAGAUUAUAUAUCAUGUGGCAGUGAGAACAAUUCCCUGUUUCUGUAUUAUAAAGGAUUUUCUAAGCCAAUUCUGAUUUACUCUUUCGAUUCUGAUAAAGUUGUCCAUCCUUUUCAACUCAAGGACCGAGUUAAAAAAGAUAAUUACGUUUGUGACUUCGUUAGUGCAAUUUGCUGGAAAGGCGGAGAAAAUGUGAUAAUUGCUGCUAAUAGUCAAGGAAUCAUAAAGGUCUUGGAGUUGGUAUCGAUCUGAUUUGAUUUUUACUAUCGCCUUCAUUUCCAACCACCAAAUAAAAUAAUCAGUCGCCACAAUGAUAUACUAUUUACCUAAAAUGUAUCCAAAAUCAUGAAGCUUGACAGUUUUCUAUUAAAUAAUACUGGAAACCAACAUGAA